AUGGGGAUUCGAGACAGCGACGCCUCGGGUGCGAAGAAGGAGCACACCAAGAUGACGCAGGGCGACAACAAUAGCUUCUUCGAGCACGAUGUCGAGAUGAUGGGGUCCGUGGACGCCCAUCUGCUCAAUACCACCGUCCAGAACAUUUCAUGGGAGGGCACUGAGGUCACCGUCAAGGAUAGAGUGACGAAGCAGCCCAAGAAGAUUGUCAACCGCGUCGAUGGGCUCGUGGAGGCCGGCGAGAUCUGCGCCUUCAUGGGCCCCUCGGGCUGCGGCAAGACAACCCUGCUCAACGUCCUUGCCGGUCGGCCCACAAACGCAUCCUCAGUCGGCGGCUCCGUGCUCGUCAACGGCGUGAAGCCCUCGCGCUCGCAGUUCCGCCAGAUUAGCUGCUUCGUCGAGCAGGAGGACGCCCUCAUCGGCUCCCUCACCGUCCGCGAGACCCUGCUCUUCACCUCGCGCCUGUCCAGCACGUCCUCGCUGCCCGCCGCCGAGCGCCUCGCGCGCAUCGACGGCCUGCUCAACGCCUUUGGGCUCAACGAGCAGGCCAACACCAUCAUCGGGACGCCGAUCCGCAAGGGCAUCUCGGGCGGGCAGAAGAGGCGCGUCGGCGUGGCCAGCCAGCUCAUCACGAGCCCCAAGAUUAUGUUCCUGGACGAGCCGACGAGCGGGUUGGAUUCCGCGGCGAGCUUCGAGGUGAUUAGUUACCUCAAGACCCUCAUCGUCAUCGCCUCCAUCCACCAGCCCUCGACCUCGACCUUUAACCUCUUUGACAAGCUCCUCCUCCUCUCCGCCGGCAAGACGCACUACUUUGGCCCCGUCAACAACGUGGUCCCCCACUGCGAGUCCCUCGGCAUGCCAAUCCCCCUACAAGUGAACCCGGCCGAGCACGUACUCGAGAUGGUCAACAUGGACUUUGUAAAGGACAAGCGCGAGGCGGCGCAGAGGCUCGAGGCAAUGCACGAGGCCUGGGAGGAGUCACGACCCGCCAAAGAGCUGCGGGCCGCCAUCGUUGACACCGAGAAGCAUAGCAACCCCAUCGACGACGGCCAGUCAGAGAAGAAGCCCGGUUUGCCGAGUCUUGCGCUCACGUUGCUGCACCGCAGCUUCAUCAAGAGUUACAGGGAUGUCGUGGCGUACGGGAUCCGGUUUGUCAUGUACACUGGUCUUGCUAUCAUGAUGGGUACGGUCUGGCUCCGCCUCUCUGCCGACCAAGAGUCCAUUAUCCCCUUGACCAAUGCCAUUUUCUUUGGCGGUGCUUUCAUGAGCUUCAUGGCAGUGGCCGCGGUGCCAAGUUUCCUCGAAGACCGCGACCAGUACGUAAAAGAGCACCAAAACGGCCUCUACGGCCCUACGGCCCUGCUCAUCUCAAACUUCCUCAUCGGCAUCCCCUACCUCUUCCUCAUCGCCCUCAUCUUCUCCGUCAUCUCCUACUGGCUCUCCAACUUCCGCCCGGCCGUCGACGCCUUCUUCAUCUGGGUCCUCUGGCUCUUCCUCGACCUCUUGGCCGCAGAGUCCCUCGUGGUCUUCUUCGUCUCCCUCUUCCCCAACUUUGUCAUCAGCCUCGCCCUCGUCGCCUUCGCCAACGGACUCUGGAUGAGCGUCAACGGCUUCAUGGUCUCCCCCACCAUCCUCAACUCGUUUUACAAGUACGUCUUCCACUACUGGGACUACCAAAAAUACGUCUUCGAGGGCAUGAUGCACAACGAGUUCGGCAAGCGGACGUAUACCUGCGGCCAGGGGUGCCAGUGCAUGUACCAGACCUCGCUCGCGAGCCAGUGCAAGAUUGCCGGGCAGGGCGUGCUCGACACGUACGGGUACACGGAGAACCACUUGGGGAGGGACGUGGGCAUUAUACUUUCCAUUGUCGUCGGCUACCGUAUCGCGGCGUGGAUCGUGUUGAAGGUAAGGUCAGGAUGA